AUGUGCUGGAACAUGCUCGCUCAGUGCUACACGCGCUCCGAAUAUUUCCCGAGCGUGAGCCCAAAGUCGGCGCUCAAGUGGAAGCACCGAGGGCCGGCGAUUGUUGCGGAAGUGCAGCGCCUGGCGCCCGACGUGGUUGCCCUGCAAGAGGUCGACAACUGGGACUUCAUGUCGUCUGAGCUCGGCUCGGCGGGAUACGACGGGGUGAGGAAGGGCAAGACGGGCGGCAAGAAGGACGGGGUGGCUGUGCUUUGGAAGCGAGCGCUCCUCAGGCUCGCGGAGAGCGAAGAGGUCGAGACGGACAUCAAGGGAGGCGUGGGGCUCCUCGUGCGGCUCGAGCCUGCCUCGGCUGCCAGCGACGGUGGCGGCAGCUUCGUGGUGGCGACCACUCACCUCUUCUGGAAUCCGCAGCUCGAGGUGCUGAAGCUGCGCCAAGCGGAGCUCUGUCUCCGCCGCGCCGCCGCCUUUGCGCGCGGCGGCCCGCUCGUGUUCUGCGGCGACCUCAACUCGAUGCCGGGCUCGGACGUGCUCGCGCUGUGCGAGGGAGGAGUGGCCGUGAGGCACACCUUCACCCCGAUGCGCGAGGGAGACGACGAGGAGAGCGGCGCGUGUGAGCCCGAGGCGGCGCCGCCCGCGGUGGAAACGUUCGAGCCGCCGCUGCGGCUGUACUCGGCUUAUGAGCCGCCACCCGCCUACACGACCCUCACCGACACGCUGCCUCGACCACAUCCUCCUCACCCGCCACUGGAGGCUGACAUCCUCGCCGAGAAGUCGCUGCCGUCGUCGCGCUUCCCCUCGGACCACAUGCCCGUCCUCGCCGUCCUCUCACUCGGAGGAGCGGAUGCCGGUGAGCGAGCGACGAAUGAGGACGACGAGUGGAGCGAUAGGUCGUACAAAUCCUACGACUCAGCCCAAGACGACAGGCCUUGGCACUAG